GGUGCUGAAAGCCUCUCAAGGAGAGAGCACCCUGGCACCUUCUUUUCUCUCCUGUCUUCAAGCUGGGCAUCAGAGCCUCUCACUUUGACCUUUCCCAUCCUCCCUUCCUGGAAGACGUUCAGGUGGGGAGACUUUGAGGCGAGGAGGCCCACUGACUGUCUCCCUAGGCGCCUGCCUCCCCUGGAGGGCGGGGCUUGGCUGCACCCACGUGUGGCAGAGUUAUAUGCUCCUAGCCGAGAGAAGAGCCGGGAGUGUGGAACCAGCUGGCUCAGGCAGAAAAGCGGCACCAUGGCUGGCAAGAAAGUCUGCAUUUUAGGCUCCGGCAACUGGGGCUCAGCCAUCGCCAAGAUUGUGGGUGGCAAUGCAGCCAAGCUGGCACAUUUUGACCCACGGGUGACCAUGUGGGUGUUUGAGGAAGACGUCGGGGGCAGAAAGCUGACGGAGAUCAUCAACACACAGCAUGAAAAUGUCAAAUACCUGCCAGGGCACAAGCUUCCCUCCAACGUGGUGGCUGUCCCAGAUGUGGUCCAGGCUGCAGUGGAUGCUGACAUCCUGAUCUUUGUGGUGCCCCAUCAGUUCAUCAGCAAGCUCUGUGAUCAGCUCAAGGGCCACCUGAAGGCAAACGCCAUCGGGAUAUCUCUUAUUAAGGGUAUAGACGAGGGCCCCAACGGGCUGAAGCUCAUCUCUGAAGUGAUUGGGGAGCGACUUGGCAUCCCUGUGAAUGUGUUGAUGGGGGCCAACAUUGCCAACGAGGUGGCUGAUGAGAAGUUUUGUGAGACAACCAUUGGCUGCAAGGACCAGGCCCAGGGACUGCUUCUGAAAGAGCUAAUGCAGACACCCAAUUUCCGCAUCACGGUGGUGCAAGAGGUGGACACAGUAGAGAUAUGUGGGGCCUUAAAGAAUGUAGUGGCCGUGGGGGCUGGCUUCUGCGACGGGCUGGGCUUUGGCGACAACACCAAGGCAGCGGUGAUCCGACUGGGCCUCAUGGAGAUGAUUGCCUUCGCCAAGCUCUUCUGCAGGGGCCCUGUGUCCUCUGCCACCUUCUUGGAGAGCUGUGGUGUCGCUGACCUCAUCACUACCUGCUACGGAGGGCGGAACCGCAAGGUGGCCGAGGCCUUUGCCCGCACAGGAAAGUCCAUUGAGCAGCUGGAGAAAGAGAUGCUGAAUGGGCAGAAGCUACAGGGGCCCCAGACAGCCCGGGAGCUACACAGCAUCCUCCGACAAAAGGGCAUGAUAGAUAAGUUCCCUCUGUUCAUGGCUGUGUACAGAAUAUGCUACGAGAGCCAGCCAGUGGGCGAAUUCAUCCGCUGCCUGCAGAAUCAUCCAGAACAUCUGCCCUGCACAGCAUCAAUGGAUCUCAGUGUUUGUUAACAAAAUACAAAGAUCUCAACCCCCUUCUAGCUUCUCCUAGCAACAUCUGCGUCCUCGGAAACCUCUGGUCAUUCCCUUUCCCCUCCCCCAGGCUGCCCUGGCACCAGAGUUGCUACCAGGCUGGCAUCUCGGGCCCUGGGGCUUGUCAUUCUCCCCAUGGACUUCCUGGUUCCUAGUUUUUUUUGCCAGCUCCUCCCCACAGUGCGUGACCUUUCCAAGUCUCCCCUCCCCCUCCCCGCCAGCACCCUCUUUGAGGAGCAACAACUUAAUCUGUUGACAGAGCUACACCUUUCCACAGCAGGCUCGGAUCACUCUGCUCCCUGUGACCUUUGUAUUUGCCCCACCUCCCUUCUCAGGAGCUCCAGUGACAGGGGAGGUUUCAGCUGGGAUCCUCCUGCUACCUCCCCAGGACAUCCUUGGCUCCACCCCUUUCCUUCUCCCAAAACCUGAACCUAUUUCUUAGCUGCCUCCAGAGCAGCUAACCAGCUGCUCUAGAGGGCAGGUGGCCAGAGAGUGGCCCCAAAGCUGAUCCGGGGUAGGAAGGGUGACCAAGUCCCAUGUUGGUGGAUCCUGACAUUCCAGGGCCAGCCCUCUGUCAUCUGAUAUAUAUGCCUUCUCACAAGAGCUAGGAAACGGGAGGAGGAAAAGAAUGAAAAGCACCCUACCCCUAAAGCAGCGAUUUUCAACCUUUUUCAUCUCAUGGCACACAUAAACUAAUGACUAAAAUUCUGUGGCACACGAAAAAAUACAUUUUUUUGCCAAUCUGAAAAAAAAAAAAGGUAUAGUUUUAAAUCAUUCACACUGGAUGGCUAUUGUUGUGUUGGCUGUUGUUAUUUUUUUUUAUUUGACAACUUAAGGGAAAAGAGGUCAGUGGCCCUGACUAAAUAGUCAGGUACUGCAUGUUUUGAAAAAUCCUUGCAGCACACCAGUGUGCCUGCGGUGGCACCCCGGCUGUCCUGGGGUAAGGAAAGAACAGGAAGGGGAGGAGGGAGAGGAGUGUGCUUUGCACUGGCCUUGCUCCAGGAUGGGGAGGGAAUGUCCCGGGUCAGCAGCCUAGGCUCCUGGCUAUAAAUAGCCCCUGAGGGCCUAAGAUGCUCCUAGAAUCCAGCAAAGGGUCUCAGCUUCCUGUGUGGCAGCAUCUGGCAUAUAACUGGCUCUGGCCAGCACUAUGUUAACCCUCUCUUAUUCCCGGCCUAACCAGGCAGGCAGGCUCCUCUCAGUACCUGGCUGCUGAGAAUUCACUUUCUUUCCAGUGAAAAAAGUCACCCCAGAUCUGGCUGGCCCAGUUAGGGGCACUGGCUGAAUACAGGAGGUCAAAGUGAGGGCAGGAAGGCAGUUCCCUUCCCUCAGCAGCAGCUGUGACCUUGUUUAGAUAGUCAAACACUUGCCUACUCUUGUUCCCUCCACAGUUAACUGAAUCUAAGGCCUUCAAAUCAGGCUAUUUGUCUAACCAAUAAAGUGUGGUUUUUCCAGAAACGA